ACGUCUACGGCUCCGUCGGUAAAAUGUUCCCGGCUUGACACAACACGUUCGCGUCAUAAGCCACAACUUUCUCUCUCCUAAUCAAUAUAUGUAUAUCCUAACUGUUUAAACAUAAACCAAAGGCAAUGGCCACGUCGAAUUACACCCUCAAGGUCAACAGAGACCUGUUGGACCCCAACUUUGAGAGUUACCGGUUAUCCCUGGACGCCAUCCCCUCGUACAACGUUGAGCUGGACGCUGCCGUGGAGGAGGUGACGUUGAAGGAUUCUCAAUACACACUGGAACAUAUGCGUGCGUUUGGCAUGUACAAUUACCUCCACUUGGACCCCUGGUACGAAGACAGCGUGUUGUUUGUGGACUCCAAAGGGCGAGUGCUCAGUCUCACCGUCACACUGGACACAGUGCUGGGUAAGCCGAGAGAGGUCUUCCGCCUCCAGACUGAAGCGGACCAACGUGAGAAUCGUGUGUGCCCCUCCCUCAGCCUCACUUCAGCCACCUGGGCCGCCCUUUCUGACGGUGCCGGGCGACUCUACCUUCUUCGCACCAGCAAGCGUGGAGAGAGCACUCACGGAAAGUGGGAGCCCCUGUUCACGGAGGACAUGAAAGAGCCCUUCGUCAUCCUCCACAGCGUGGCCCACGUCCAGGCGGGCGCCCACACUCUGGAGGUCCUGCUGCUUCGUGUCGUCAAGGACCCUCAGGAAACGGCGGGAAGUGGGUAUUCGGUGACACUUGAGUGGGUCACCGUCGCCAACGUGGCGGCACAAGGCGUAGAGAAAAAUUACGAAGUGAAGAAGAGGCGGGUCCUUCAGGGAAAAACCGUUCCUCAUUAUGCCGCCGUCACACCACAGGGCGAUGGCCUAAUGGUGGCGUCAGAGAGGCCCUUCAUUUUCACGCACGUGGAUGGCGAGCCUCUUGACCAGCCACCACCGGAUGAGCAACUAAUUGAGGUGGAAAAGAGAGAUCCCAUCUACUUCUGGCAGCAGACGUCGGACGACAUCACAGUCACUGUGCGCCUGCCCGAGGGCGUGACGAAAGACGCAAUCCACUUCCGGCUGACGGUGGAUACCAUCAGCGUCGGCGUCCGGGGAUUCGCACCCCUGCUAGAGGGCCAGCUGUAUGCAUCCGUAGACCCUGAGGCCUGCACCUGGACACUGUGGGAGGACAAAAGCCUUGAAGUGAGCCUGCAGAAACGAACUGAAGGACCCAUGUGGCCAGAGCUGGUUAUUGGUGAUCGUCGAGGGGAGCAUGUGAUGAGCGAUGAGCAGGUUGCCCUCAUGAAUGAAAGGCUCACCCACCUGAGUUCUGAAGAUAUGAACGCUAAUCCAGAUUUGGACAAGCCAGCCUGCAACUCCCAGGAACUGGAGGACUGCGACGGCUACCCUGAGGACACUUCCAGCCUCAUGCAUUUUGACGGCAAGUCACUGAAGACCACUCAGGUGGUGAACUUGGGAAGCCAUCAAUUCCUCUUCACCGUGAGUGUGGACCCAGACCAGAUGCCGUGCCUGUGCUUGCGUCACGAUGUGGACGCGCUGCUGUGGCAGCCACGCCCCGACCAGCCCGCUGACAUGUGGGAGCACAUCGCCACCUUCAACGCCCUGGGCUACGUUCAAGCAUCCAAACGGGACAAGAAGUUCUCCACUUGCGCUCCCAACUUUUCCUACGCGGCGCUGUGUGAGUGCUUGCGUCGCGCCUUCAUCUACCGCCAGCCGUCCCCGGUGGACGGCGUGCUUUUCAACAGGAAGCAAGGACGGCAAGUAGGGCAGGUUGCCAAGCAACAGGUGGCAAACCUUAACUCGGACAAAGCCGUGCUGGGCUUCAGGGCGAGCGACGAGAGGCUCUUUGCCCUCACCUCUGGGAAUCUCUUUGUGCUCAAGGUGAAUAAUAAUUAAGAGUGGAUGAACAACAUUCCAGAAAACAAACGAGCUUCUUUUUGGACUCACAGUGUCAAAAGCCAAAUGUCUGUCCGAUUUUAUUGUAAUGGGGACAUGGGGUAUAUCAUUCUUGAUGGAGUUUAAAAAUAAAAUGAAUAAAAAGUUUUAAAAUGCAAGACACCAGCCAGUUUAAAUGACAAUGUGAAACACGGUUGCUAAAGAAUCUAAAUACAGUAUGUGACUCACGAAUUUCUUAAAACUAUGGUAAUGAAGAAAUAAAGUUAAAAUGUAGAAAAUGACUUGGUUCAUAGGUUCUACCAUUUCGUGACAAAUGUGACAGUUAUACCAACUAUGUGCUGGAGGUAACUUAGAGUCAGAAUGCCAGAAAAGUCUGCAGGCUUAUCUGUUUUGGACUCCGAAGCAUAAAUAAAAUGGCAGAUGAAGUCCCUAACUCAGAUAGUUUGAGUAAGUUAUGUGUUUGAAAGCCAGACCAGGUUACAGGCCAACAGUUUGAGCCGAGCCAAGAUAACCAUUGGAUAUACCGUAUUCAUCGGGAGAAGAACCAGCGUGUCCAUCUGAACAAAGCGACGAAGAAAUCAAUGUGUGGACGAUUUUUUUAUAAUUCCUACAGUAUAUUCUAAAGUUUGUGCACACUUCACGGUAUAUUGUAAGCAAGCACUGUUAGCGCACAGCACGUAAAAACUGAUUGCAGGGUAUCCGUGGGGUCUUAAAAAGGCUUUAAAUAGUCUAAAGUCCAAUAAUUUGAUUUUAGGGCCUUAAAAUUUGUAAAAUUCUAAAAUCUCAUAAAAGGUUUUAAAUACAAUUUGGAAAGGUCUUAAAAAUCUAUUGACAUUACUAAUACAGGUAGUCCCCGGGUUACGAACGGGUUCCGUUCAUAUGCUGGCGACAAACCGAAUUUCAACGUACAGUGUCCUCCAAAAUUAUUGGAUUUAUAAUAAUUAUGUGUUUUUUAGCUUCUAAUAAUUUUUUUUUUCUAAAUAAUAUGGGACCUUAAUGGAAAACAAGAGAAAAAUCCAACCUUCAAUACAAGUGCAUUUAUUCAGUAGGGAAAAAAUCCCACAUAAAGAAAUAAUUAUUUGACAUCCAAUAAUGUGUGUCACAAUUAUUGGCACCCCUGGUGUUAAUACUUUGUACAACCCCCUUUUGCCAACAAAACAGCUUCUAAUUUUCUAUAAUGUUUCACAAGAUGGGAAAAGACAAAGAGGGAUCUUCAGCCAUUCCUCUUUGCAGAAUCUCUCUAAAUCAUCCAGAGACCUGGGUCCUCUCCUCUGUACUCUCCUCUUUAGCUCACCCCACAGGUUUUCAAUGGGGUUGAGGUCUGGGGAAUGAGAUGGCCAUGGGAGGAGCUUGAUUUUGUGUCUGGUGAACCAUUCCUGUGUAGAUUUGGCCAUAUGUUCAGGGUCAUUGUCUUGCUGAAAGACCCAGUGACUUCAGCUUUCGGGCAGAGGGCAACAGAUUUUGAUUUAAAAUGUCCUGGUAUUUCAAAGCAUUUAUGAUGCCAUGCACCCUAAAAAGGUUUCCAGGGCCUUUGGAAGCGAAACAGCCCCACAGCAUCACUGACCCACCGCCAUACUUCACAGUGGGUAUAAUAAUAAUAAAUGCACUUACCUGUAUAUUGAAGGUAGGAUUUUUCUCUUUUUUCCAUUAAGGUCCCAUAUUAUUUAGAAAAAAAUAUAUUAGAAGCUAAAAAACCCAUACUUAUUAUAAAUCCAAUAAUUAUGGAGGGCACUGUAUGUAAUGUAAAUACGUUAGCAGUUCUAGCAUUUAGCGGACUUUAAUUAGGCAAUUUUGGCUAAUUUAAUCUACUACAUUUACAUAUUGAUCAGACGAGAUGGGCGUUUGAACACCAAUUGUUUGGUUUCAAGUGUUUUUAUUGUUGAAAUGUGUGUGGCUUUGAACAUAAGUGUACAUAUGUGUGUUACAGCUUUACAAAUUGUCAAAAGUGAA